AUGACAACAUACACCGCGCGCGACUUCUACGGCGGCGCCAUCAAAGGCCUAACGCCCCAAAAUUGGGUCGACGCAAGUGACGUCCGCGAAAUUCCCUCCCACCAAGAAGUCUACCUGUCGCCCACGACGCUCACAUCCCAAAUCACCGAGAUAAACCAACGCGUCACCGACGCCGAGACCCUCGCCGUGGAUACACUCAUCCCGGGUCUGCAGCACCAGCAGCUCGACGCAGACGCCAAAGCAGCGCUGUACCACGUGCACGACCUCUGCGACGAGGACGACAAGCUGGAGAUCGUGGCGGCGCCGAGUCGGGUCGUCUUGGGGAAGUUCCCGGCCGGGACGGUGGCGUAUCGCGGUGUGGUGAGAGUUACUUCGCCGAAGGGGAGACGGGGUACUACUGGCUCUGGCUCUGGGGUUGGAAUUGGGGGCGCGGUUGCGGGGUCGAGUUCGGAGGGAGGGCUGACUAGUACUGUGACGCUGUGGUAUCUGCUGGUCAGGCUCGUGGAGCAGGAGACGGAUUUGGUGGUCUUUGUGAAUGUGCCCAGGGAGGAGUUUGACAAGGCGGGCGAUUUGAGGGCGUUGGAGGCGGAGGAAAGACUGGCUGAUGGGUUGAUUACCGCCUUAGUGAUAGUCAAUCCGAAAUAA